UUCUUGAAGUUAAAGUUAAUUUUAUUUGUUAGUAUUCAAUACUUUGUCGUUUCAAAUAGAGGAGAGAUGGAGUAGCCAGGAGGAAGAGUGUUUCAUUAGGUGAUGGUGUAGUUGUUUUGUUUUUAAGAUAUUUUUCGUAGUGGAGAUUACCAAAAUAAUAUAACGACCUACUUGGAAGAAAUCUGCGAGAUUUCAUUUUGAGCAAGAAAGGGGAUGAAGUGAGUUGGGGUAGUAGAUCUUGUAUUGUGUCGUGUAUGACGUCUUGUGUGCGUCAUUUGUUCCACGUCACUUGAAGCAGAAAAAGACGUCAUACAUAAGGAAAGCAGUAGGACUUAAAUGACCAAGUUGGCGGGAAAAAGCAGCGGUCUUUUCCCGCCAUCUUCUUUAUGACUCUCAGUGACAUUCGUAUGAGUUUGUGCCUCUUCGAUUCGAUUCAUUUCCAAAUUUCUUCAUCCUCAUCGUCAUCUGCCGGGGCUCGUCGAGCGUUGCGUUGUUGUGUGUGCAAUACGUCGUGCGUAUGAAAGAUAGUCCGCUGUUCACACGUGUGUGAUAACAACCUGUUUUCUUGUGGACUUAAGGACUGAAGUAAUGACAAGAAUUCGAAAGUGUUUAGCAUUGUUGUUCUACAUUGUCUUCCUCAUUCUGGUUAGCGAGCUGUUUGUCAUGGACAAGUUCCUAAGCAAAAAAAUAAACUGGAGAAAAUCAUCGGUUGUGUCCUCUGAAACAAACGCUUCUCUGCCGACGGUAAACUCCUUGCUGGACAACACCACGGUCUUUGCGACGCUCAACGUUGUCCCGCACAACAACUUCGACAUCCUGACUGCACUGACCAGUACAUCGUCGUCCACCGGUCAUCCUGUCACAACUCCUACUAACGGUCACGUGUCGCACAGCUCCUACACCUCCCCACGUGGCACAAAUACAACAGGAGUCACUGUAUCGUCGGACCCGCUCAUCGCAACCAAAGUCUUGUGUAUCAGUUUUAUAGGCCGACUAGGAAACCAACUCUUUCAGUACGCAUCCGUUUUGGGCAUAGCUCUUAGGACGAAGCGGAUACCGGUUUACCUGGGGGAGACUUUUCUGUCGGAUGUGUUGAGAAACACUUCACUGAUUGACGCGUCUUCCCGCUACGCACAUCGGUGUGAGGACGUCUUUCUAAUGGAAGAAGGUUGUUGUAAGUUUUUCACGGAAUAUUUCGAGCUGAAUUCUAGUAGAGAUUACAGGAUCGGGGAGUAUCUUCAGUCCUGGCGAUAUUUCACCGAACACGAAGCGGAAGUACGUCACGCGUUGACGUUCAAGGACACGAUUGUGUCCCAAGCUCAACAAACGGUCGACUCCCUAAGACAGAAAUUCAAUCGCACGCUGACAGGUAUCCAUGUACGCAGAGGAGACUAUCUAAUAGAUAGAAAGACAGCACCUGUAGAAUACCUGCUGCAUGCCAUGGACUACGUCCGAAAAAGAUUCCGUGAAGUCGUUUUUGUCGUUUCUUCUGAUGACCUCGAAUGGUGUAGUCAGCAGUUAGCUAACGAAAGUGACGUCACAUUGCUGCAGCAUCAGUCAUCGCCUGCAGUUGACAUGAUGAUUCUUGCGUCACUGGAUCACAUGAUCAUGACGGUGGGGACCUACGGGUGGUGGGCGAGUUUUCUGAACCCCGGGAUUACCGUCUACUAUCGAGACUUUGUUGAUCCGGAUACAGAUCUUGCAACACUCUUCAACCCAAACGGAACGGACUACUACCGUCCGGACUGGAUUUCCUUAUCCUGACUUUAAUCAGAGAAUACAACGGUUAACGUUUUACUGACAAUUAUAUUUUAUUGUUAUACUGUUAUUGUCAUUUUGUUAUUGUUAUAUUAUCUUUAGUCUGUUCAUUUUACACUAUCGAGUAAAUCACGCAUAGUAACACUACAAAGUCCAAACAGAAGCAAAAAUCUAAAUGUGCCCGAAACCUGGUAAGUUUAAAAUAAAUCCAUUUGAAGACGAUUGUUUUGAGUAUGUGUGCUGUACUAGCGCGUAAAUGAAACAUAAAAGAUAGUUAUUUUAAUCUAAUUGUUGAAAAUAUUUGAGAUGUUAGCAAAAUGUCAUAUUUAUUGCCUUUACAUUUUUUCUGUUUUUGUUGCUGAUGGACUGCAUUAAAAAAGAAAUCAUAUAAGGGUGUCAAAUUGAGCUGAGCUUUUUUCCAGUUUGUUUAGCCUGAAGAGACGUGAUAUUCAAACUAUUUACUAACCUUUUCUAUUUGUUCUAUCUUAUUUAACGUAAGUAUACCUCAAAAAACACUUUUCGUAGUCGACCCAGUAACUUACUUCUUUUUUCUCUGAAAGCUCCAGUAGAAUCGUCAAAGUUCCAAACUAAAAGAGAGAUAAAUAGAACUAGACAACCCUAAAGACCAAACCUGCUGUCAUUAAGCUUCACGUAGUGAAGAAAAGAUAUUUAAAAAAAUAAUUAAGGACCACUUUUUUACAACUUUUAAUUCAUCUCUCAGUUCGGACGACAGAGCUCUGACCACAAGGAUAAAAAUAAAAAUUUAUAUCUAUAUCUAUAUAUCACACACUAAGGGAGACUAGUCUUGAUAACUUGUCGAAUGUCAUGCCUGCCUCCCUUUCCUUUGACACACUUCCUUUUUUUUCCCUUUAAAAAAAACGCAGAAAAAUCCCAAUAAAAAUAAUAUAAGUAACAUUUUUUUUCCAAACAUAAUUACAGUUAAAAUUUACUAAAAAAUUGUAAAGAAAAAUAGUUUGUCUCCGCAUGUUCUUUAAACUCUACCCGAGCACUGUGCAUGAUAGGGUAAUGGACCCCAGUGUCAGUCAUCAGACUCAUGCAUUCUAAUCAAGCAUAACGUGUACACGCUUACAAAGCUCCUACCUUACUACAGACAACACUAACGCAAACUGGCUAAUAUCCGCUCCUUUCAUCUUGAAAGGAAAAGACAAAACAAAACCAAACAAAAACCAAGAACUAAGCAAGAUUACUGUGUGAACACACAAAACACAGACAUACCUAAAAGAUCAAAUUUCUUCUCCUGUUUCUCCAUCAACAAAUGUUGAACUGCGCCGUUGGUCCUUGCGAACAAAAAAAAAAAAAAAGCAGGAUGCCUGUAGUGUCUGUAGUACCGCACAAUACAAAACAAACUACUUAGCAAGUGUAAAUAACUAGAGUUGACCUAUUUGUGUAAAUGCCAUUUUGACUAUAUUGCAUGACUGAAUGCUGGUUUCUCAGCGCCAUGUCCCAGACAGGCUAUUAUCAGUCAAGUGGACUGGUCACACAGACUAUUUAUUGUCUUCUUGUCACCAAGGGCGACCACUGGCAGGCAGCGACUAAGGGAAGGUAUUCAGCAAAUUACCUCGUCUCAAUCCUUUGUCCCAGGACCCGGUAGUCCUGGCCGAAAAAUAGUUUCGUAUCAGGAACAGGUGCCUUGGUAUUGUCAGAUCGGAGUUUUCACAUAUUCUGGCUGGCAAAUCAGAAACAUAAAAAGAGCAAAGAUAAAUCUAAUCGUCCUAUUUUGUUUUCUUGUGCCUUAUCAAUGCCUUCCAUGUAUUUCGAUGUGUGAAAUGAUGGACGGGAAAGGAGAUGUGUGCCGGGUGCUCUUGGUGUACACAGCGGGUUCAGGUCUGAUGAGCAUAUGGAGGACAGGACGCGUCAAGUCUGAUGGGAUUUGGUGGUGCAGCGACUCUGAAGUUCACUUGUAAAGAUGUCAGCAGACCGCAGCACAAUGACACCGAGCUGGCUGACCUACUGAGGUGAAGACCACGAGGGACAUCUCCCCCUUAUUUCCCCCGCCCCCUUCUUCAUACCCACCAGCUAAAUUCUACCCUCAUCCCCCUUUCUCCUGAGUCCUCAGCGGACGACCGUUUGGGAUAUUUUAGCUUUUAUUGUCGUGCCACGUCAAUUAAAUACUCGUUCGUCACCCACUCUAUUCAGUUUGUUCGAGGUUUUCAAUGUUAUUCAAACCUUUAUGGUCUGCUCGUUCAGAGGCGAACAGAAGAUCGAGAAGAAAAUGUUUUGGAAUACAAAAACCAAGAAAAAUGUUUUGGAAUUGUUUGUUGUUUAUUCAUGAGAGAGUAUCUGUGAAUUUUCCCACGCGUGCAAGUGUUUGUGCGUUUAUGUUUGUGUGAGUGCGCCGCUGCUUGUGGAUUCAAUACACUACGCAUGCGUGAAGGUGUUCAGGACGAGGGGUCAGAUUACGAAACGAAAUCAGGGUCAAGUACAAUAUGCCACCGACAGGACAUUGUAAGAUAUUGAAGCAAGCGGACAUCAACAUUAAGAAGAUCGUAGUAUCACUAGCUUUAUAUAUUGGCAAUUCUUGUGCUUAGUAACUUUGUACUUUGUUUCAUGGUCGCACACUUAGCC